AUGAGUGGAGGUUACUAUUCUUCUUCUAAUUCCCAGCAUGAUCAUCAUCAUCACCCUACCUUCCCUCUGCACUUAUGUUUCUUCCUUCUUGUAUUGCUCACGUUUGUUGGGUUUUCAUGGUACAUUAACUACGAGUCUAUGCUGGAGGGCAUGUUUGAUCGGGUGAAACUGGUGCUCAUGGUGUCUCCCUUGCUGUUGUUACUAGUGGUGCACUGGCUUUCCAACAAUGACCGGAGGCGGGUGCCCUCUCUCAUACCCUUACCUGAAAAAGACUCCCUUCAUAGGGCUGGAGGAACUCCAUGGGGAGUUGGAUUUCUGCUUGUUUUCCUGUUUUUUAUGAUUUCUUACCAGUCUUACUUUCAAGAACGUUGGUUUCCUCUUCUUAGCAGAUAG